AUGGACGAAGAAUCAACCAAUUUCGUCGCUAAACCCUACCGGAAUCUCGAUUCCCCAUCCUCAUCAGACGACGAUUUACCCACCGUUCCACCACCAAAACGCCGUCGUACCGUCGCCAUCAUCGUCAUCUUAACUCUCUUCGCCGUCAUCAUCGGAACCAUCCUCUCAUCCACCGUAAUCAACCGCCCCGACCCAGAAAAACAGUCAGUAAAAGCAUCAACGUCGAUAAAAGCCGUUUGCGCAGUCACUAAACAUCCGGACUUAUGUUACACCGACAUUUCUUCAGUAGAUCCCAACAACUACAUAGACCCAGAAAUGAUUUUCAAGCUCACGUUACAACUAACCUUAAAUUCCUUAAAAAACAUAUCUUCCUUACCUAAAAUCUUGGUCUCCAAAACGACAGAUUUAGCGACGGGGUCUGCGGUCAGGGAUUGUGUUGGGUUGUUUGAGGACGCGGUUAGUCAACUGGUUAAAUGCGUUGAGGUGAUGCGCGUGGAACCACGCGCGGAGAGGGAGAGGGGUGAGCGCGUGGUGUUGUUGGAUGAAGGGAAAGUGAAGGAUAUGAUGACGUGGAUAAGUGGUGCGAUGACGGAUCAAGAAACAUGUGUGGAUGGAUUAGAAGAAAUGGGAUCAAUACAUGUUGAAGAAGUGAAAAUGAAGAUUGGGAAGUCUAGUGAAAUGUUGAGUGAUUGUUUGGCUAUACUUAAUAAUAUGGAUAAUAUUCUUGGUGAAUUUGGGUUAAGUUUGCAUUGA